AUGGUGGACCACAAACGCUCGAAUGGCUCGACGAUCCACUGUUUCUGGCUUCACCAGGAGGAUGCUAUUUACGUCCGCAAGAAAGCUUCGAGCCCGCAGCUGUUGGAGGUCUACUUUAAGAACGUUCAUGCCGACAUCCCGUCUGAGCUGGUUAAGGAGGUCAUGGUAACUCACCCGCUCAAAGUCCGGAAGCAGUCCGCGUUUGCUGAAGGCCACUGCUUCCACCGCGUGCUUCACCCGUUGCUGACAUGUUGCUUGUCCCUCGCAGCUGCUUCCCUCCGCGCUUCCCCGCUAGUCACCCCACUCCUCCUGGAUGCGGCGUUUGUGCGGAUCUCCACUGGGAGCAACAGGGAGGAAUGGCUGUGCACACUGAAUAGUUGCGGGAAAACGCACGGCAAGUCGUUCAUGUCCGCUGCGGACCACAUCACCUCGGCAAGUCACCUGCUGGGCCUGGAGAAGCUGGGUGCGACCACUCGCAGUUCCCUGGAGAAGCUGAACCUGCAUCUCAUUCGCAAGGACUACAAGAUCUGA